UCAAUUGGAAGAAUAUGUUCAAUACUAUAACCUUUUUCAUAUAAAUUAAUUGCUAAAUUAGGAUAAGUAUAAAGCCAAAGAAAUUUUCUUGAUCAUUUUCUGUAUUACGUGAAGGAGCAUAAUGAAUUGAAUAUGUUUUAUUUUGUAUUUGUAACUAAAUAUUGUUUUGAUUGAAUAGCUUUAUUAAGUUCUGGAUGUACAUCAUGAAUAUGAUAUCCUUCUUGAUAAUUUUCAACAUAAGUUUUCCAAUUCCAAUUAAUUAAAUGAUAUUGACUGUUCAAAUGAAGAUAUUUAUUAAGAAGAAAAGACAUCAUAUCAUUUAAUAAAUCAUAUAACAGUGUAUUAACUGAUGUUUUUUCUUCUCCUUAAAAUUUAUAAUCAAAAUGUGAUGUUGCUUUUAACUAUAAUUAUUCGAAUUUAUUGGUACAAUUGAGCCGGCUCGAUGAGAACAAACAUUAUGAAAAGCAAUUAAUUCAUUUGUCAAAGGACUACGAUAUAUAAAUCCAAUUGUUUCGAAAAAUAUAUUCACGUUCUAGUUGAUAAACAGAAUUAUUACUAUAAAGAUAUGGAGGUAAUGGGCGAGAGAGUGUUUUAUUAGAAUUAUAUAGUUUGAAAAUGGUGAUGUAGUUUUAUGAUAAAUAUUAUUAAAAUGUUACAUUACAAUUGAAGAAAAAAAAAUCGUUAUUAAUACCUUGAUAUUUAUUUAUUUUAUUCAAUUUGUUCACGUAAAAGAAAGAUAUGAUCUUUUACAAAUACUGUAAAAUCUGCUUGACAUUUAUAGAAUUUAUCUCAAACCAUAAGUCUAAUUCAAUUCCUAAAAUAUUAUUUGAAAUCAAAACUAUUCAAUUAGUCGAUAAAUACUAACAAAUAAUUUACUAGUAAAAACCAUAGGUAUUAAAUAAUAUUAGGCGCCUUGAAAAGAAGACUACUAUGUAAAAUAGAUGUUCUUCUUCUAUUUGUGCAAUCAUCUUCAUAUCUUCCAUUUAUUUCUGAUCAUAUUAAGUAUGAUAUACUGCUGAUAAAAAUAUAAUGAUAUGAUUAAUUAUAGCUGUUUAUUGUUUUAAUGAACCUUGUAUAAAUGAUAAUACUUGUUCAUCAAAAGGUUUUCAAUGUCGUUUUAAUCAUUGUUUAUGUCCUUCGAAUGAAUUCUGGGCUGGACAUGAUAAACAUUGUAUUCCAUGUCCGACAAAUUGGAUAAAUCUUUUUGUAUUUUGUAUUUAUUAUGAAAAAAAUGAAAAGAUGAAUUGGUCAAAUGCUGAUAAAUUCUGUCGACGAAUGUCUAGUUAUAUUGAUAAACCGACUCGAUUACUUGAAUUAAAUAAUCUCAAUGAAUUUAAUUUUAUUCAAAAAACUAUUCAUCAAAUAUUAACAGAUGAGCAAAUGGAAAUAGAAGUAAUUAAUAAUAGUAAUGGUAUAUUAUUAUCUAGUGCAAUGGCAUUUAUCGGUAGUCAAGGGCGAAGAACUUCAAAUAAAACGUGGAUCUAUCAUUGGGCAAAUACGACUGAUAAAAUAUAUACAAGUGAGCCUGCAUGGGAACAAGAUGAAGAAAUAGAUAUAACUUUUCAAGCAUUAAAACGAUGGAGUGAUUCAGAUGAUGCAUGUCUUGUUUCUCUUUUACCUAAUAGUAGACAACCAAUUCUUUGUGAAAUUAUUGGAGAAUCAGACAGAUUUCGUAAUCAAUCUAUUUUGCCUUUUUUAUUCACAACAAUAACAACAACUACCACAGUAUCCUCAAUAAAAACAACAACAACAACAAUGAAAGAUAUUGUAAUUAAUAACCUAGCACCACCAUUAACAAUACUUUGGCCAUUAUCAACAGCUAUUUUUGCUACUUCUUCUACUACUACAACAGUAGAAACGAAUUUAACAAAUGUUCACUCCGAAAUAAAACAGAACGGAUCAUUAUUUCUUAUUCUUGGACUUCUAGGAAUUCUUACGAUAAUAUCUAUACUUAUAUUUAUUAUCUAUAUUCAUCAUAAAAAGAAAGAAUCAUCAAUAGAUUUAAAAUCAAAUACAAAACAAUCAUUAUCCCAUUCGAAAAUGGAUCAAAUACAUGUAGAAGAUUUACAAUCAAAUGAUUCUUCUGAAUCACAUUUUACAGUUGAAACUGCUACACAAGAAUCAGAUAGAAUAUUCACCGAUACUCACUCAUUAACACCAAGUAAAACAAAAUCUAUCAAAGCAUCAAAACUCGCUUUAUGGGAUCAAAUGGAAUCAUCUUUAUUUUCUUCUACAUCAAACAUCAUAUCAAAAUAA